GUAACUUUAAUAUCUCUCCAGGACUCAUGUCUGUCUGACACACAACACAACACUGGGAUUUAAUUUAGAUUGUUCUGAAGUAUCAGGGUGUUAAACCAACCAAUACAAGAACAGGGAGUGACACCGUGUGAGAAAAUGGCUUCUAGUUCGUCUCUCCCAGAGGAUUUCUCCUGUACCGUGUGCCUUGACAUCUUUAAGGAUCCUGUCAUCUUAUCAUGCAGCCACAGCUUCUGCCAAUCCUGUCUAAAGGAAUGCUGGAAAGACAAGGAAUCUCGGGAAUGUCCAGUUUGCAGGAGAAGAUCCUCUAAGGAUCAACCCCUUUCAAACCUGUCUCUAAAGAACCUGUGUGAGGCCUUACGGGAAUGGAGACCAACCACAGGGUCCAAGGUGCUCUGCAGUCUACACAGUGAGAAACUCUGUCUGUUCUGUCUGGAGGAUAAAGAGCCCAUCUGUUUGGUGUGUCAGGUCUCAAGGAAACAUAAAGAUCAUGACUGUAUCCCUGUAGACGAGGCUGUACAGGAUCACAAGGAGGAACUCCAGACUGACCUGAAGCCCUUACAGGAGAAGCUGAAGGUCUUUAAUAAAGUUAAACAAACCUGUGAUCAAACUGCAGUGCACAUUAAGAGCCAGACCCAACACACAGAGAAGCAGAUUAAGGAGGAGUUUGAGAAACUUCACCAGUUUCUACGAGAGGAAGAGGAGGCCAGGAUAGCUGCUCUGAAAGAGGAAGAGAAGCAGAAGAGRCAGAAGAUGAAGGAGAAGAUAGAGCAGAUGAACAGAGAGAUAUCAUCACUUUCAGACACAAUCAGAACCAUAGAGGGGGAGCUGAAAGAUGAAGACAUCUCAUUCCUGCAGAACUUCAGGACCAUGAAGGAAAGAGCCCAGUGCACAAUGCCAGAUCCACAGCUGGUGUCAGGGGGGCUGAUAGAUGUGGCCAAACACCUGGGCAACCUGAAGUUCAGAGUCUGGGAGAAGAUCCAGGGGAUCAUCAAACACACUCCUGUGAUUCUGGACCCCAACACGGCAUCCUCCUCUUUCUCUCUGUCUGAUGAUCUGACCAGUGUGAGUUGUACUGACUCAAUGCAGCAGCUCCCUGACAACCCAGAGAGAUUCAUGAAGUAUGGAAUUAUUCUGGGCUCUAAGGGGUUCAGCUCAGGUAAACACAGCUGGGAGGUGGAGGUGGGGGACCAUCCUACCUUGGUUAUGGGCGUGGCUAAAGAGUCAACUGACAGGAAGGGGGAGGUGAAUGCAUCACCAGAGUAUGGAUUCUGGGCUAUACAGCUGAUUAGUGGUAAGUAUACUAAUGGAAUGGGAGAGACCCUCCUCCUGAAGAAGUUACCCCAGAGGGUCAGAGUGCAGCUGGACUACGACCAGGGGGAGGUGUCCUUCUACGACUCCAAAGACAUGACACUCAUCUCCACUCUUAAAGACACAUUCACUGAGACUCUCUACCCAUUCCUCUCUAUUGGAUCAGCUGGUGAUGAGAAAAGCAAUGUUGUACAGAUCUGCCAAUCAGAGAUGUCUCUGACAGUGAUGUCAUCCCAAUGAGGUCCUGUGUGUGUUUGUGUCUG